AUGGAUUACGAUGCGAUGGACAUAGAGCCCCAAGGGCCCCAAGUUACCGUCCGAGAAGCCGAACCAUACCGCGUCGACUUCCGCCUCAGCUCCGUCGAUCUCGCCUUUGCCAACUCCUUUCGCCGUACCAUCCUCGCCGAAAUCCCAACCGUAGCCAUCGACGUCGUUGAAAUAGAAACAAACACUUCCGUCCUACCGGAUGAAUUCGUCGCUCACCGUCUGGGACUUAUACCACUAUGCUCUAAAAACUGCGACACGGACAUGCUUUAUUCGCGCGACUGCGAUUGCGAGGGUGGCUGUCAGCGAUGUAUCAUCAAUCUAUCUCUGCAUGCUAAAUGUACCGGUGAGGAGAUCAUGAAGGUGUAUGCGAGAGACUUGGUUGUAGUGGGUGAUAGGGCGAAUGAGUGGGUGGGUAACCCCGUCAUCACAGAUCCGGAGGGUAAGGGGCCGAUUAUCUGUAAGCUGCGGAGAGGGCAGGAGGUGAAGUUCAACUGUAUCGUGAAGAAGGGUAUUGCGAAGGAGCAUGCGAAGUGGGCUCCUACUUCUGCCGUGGGGUUCGAGUAUGAUCCUCAUAAUAACCUGAGACACGUCGAUUACUGGUACGAGGAGGAUCCUAUCAAGGAAUGGCCUCUAUCGGCAAACGCUGGCUGGGAAACAGCCAAUCCACGCGAUAUGCCAUUCGACUACGACGCCCAACCCACAACCUUCUAUAUCGACAUUGAAAGCAUUGGAAACCUCGAACCCGAUGCCGUCGUACAGCAAGCUAUCAUAAUGAUGCAGCGCAAACUAGCAGAGAUCAUCUCCGGUUUGACGGGCGCAGACCAGGAACGAGGAAUAGUUAAUGGCGGUAUGGACCAGGAUGCCGCUGGUGCACGAAGCCCGGAUGCAUAUGAGCCCCCAGAAGGCAUCGACGGUGGAUUCACUGCAUAUGGUGGUGCGAAUAAUGCUGGUGGGGCUGGGUCGGGAGCUGGUGGCAGCGGUAGCGUCUGGGGUGGUGCAGGAGGCGCCACACCAUAUGGAGCAACCCCUUAUGGCCAGGGAUACGGCUUCUAA